ACACCACUGGGUGGGCCCCGCCACCAUCUACCGAACCACUCUCGAUUCCACCGGAGGGAGAGGAGAAACCGGGAGAGGGAGGGAGACAUCACGCAUGGCGGCGACGUCGCCGACGUGGGUGUUCGGGUACGGCUCGCUGAUCUGGAACCCCGGCUUCGCCUACGAUGCCCGCGUCGUCGGCUUCGUCCGGGACCACCGCCGCGUCUUCUACCAGGGGAGCACGGACCACAGGGGCACGCCGCAGUUCCCCGGGAGGACCGUCACGCUGGAGCACCAGCCCGGGGCUACUUGCUGGGGAAUUGCCUACAAAAUAAGGGAGGAGGAUAAGCAGACAGCUUUGGAGUAUCUAGAAGUCAGAGAGAAGCAGUAUGAUGAGAAGAUUCACCUUGAUUUGUAUACGGAUUCAUCACCCAAAGUACCAGCAGUAGAAAAUGUGACGGUAUACUUGGCCACAACGAAUAAGGAGAGCAACAAAAACUAUCUUGGUCCUGCACCCCUGGAAGAAAUGGCCAGGCAAAUUUACCUUGCUGAAGGCCCAUCUGGACCUAACAAAGAGUAUGUGUUCAAACUUGAGGAUGCCUUAAACAAACUAGGAGUUGUAGACCCACAUGUCCAGGAACUGGCGAAUGCUGUGCGUGAGUAUUCAGAUGCCAAGUUGUCCAAAUAAAAAAAAUCACAUUUCCCCCUUCUUUUGAAGGUAAAGAUUUCAGAAGAAAGUCAAAAUUCAUUCAUGCUCAAACAUCGCUAUAUUCUUGUAAGCUGCUUGUUAUAUGGCUAUCUUGUGACUAUAUUCCUGUGACAUCCUGCCCGUCCAUGAAUGGUGUUUGAAAACUUACUUUAGAGAUUUACAGAAGUAACCUUGGGUCUUCCCUA